AAUACAAGAGCUUGAGUCCUGUGAAAAACCGUGAGCAAUAUAUUCUUUUGCACACUCUUUCAUGUGACCUCUGAAUUCUGAUCACAUUCCACUCUCCCACACUGUUGCCUGUGAUUUGCUUCAAUACCAUCUGCGUUCGAGCACCCCACCCUUGCCUUUAAAUAUAUAGCUAACUUUUCCUUCUCAUUUCACACCCACGGCCACCAUCCAAAGCUUUUCCUUGCUAAUUACGAAGCUGAUCAAUUACUCAAGAGAAAGAAAUUAGAGAGGAAAAGACAUGCUCAAAGACAUGAAGGGUUUUGUUUGUUGUGUUUCUGUUCAUGUACUUGUCAUUGUUAUCCUUCUUGUUCCAGAAGUGAUGUCCGCGAGGCACAAUGGCUGGUCACGCUCACGUCAUGGAGGCCAUGGCCAUGCACAUUCCAGUACAGAGCCUAAACCAAAAGAUGGGAUGAAUAUGGCAAAACCUGAUUUCUAUAAGGAAAGGAAAUCGCUUAAGAGAAAUGGACACGAUACAGUCCAAAUUGCAGGGUCAAGCUUGCCCGACUGCUCUCACGCAUGUGGCUCCUGCUCGCCAUGUCGACUAGUCAUGGUGAGCUUCAUUUGUGCAUCUCUUGCAGAGGCCGAGACAUGCCCUAUGGCUUACAAAUGUAUGUGUAAUAACAAGUCUUAUCCUGUUCCUUGAAGCUAGCCAGCUAGCUCAGAGAUCAUAAGAUUUCAUGCAUCUCCUAUUUUGAUCAGCUACUUUUUCCAGGAUUUUGUAACAAUAUUGUAGUCCUCGAUCAUCCUCUCUUUUAUCUUGUCUUUUUCCUUUUUACCAAUUUUUUUUUCUCUCAUCCCUUUAUAGAGGGCCUCCAAAACUUUUCCGGGAUUUUCUUGGUACGCUAGACAAUAUUGUAAAUUUUCCCAUUCGGAUGUACAAGCUAGUAAUGAGAA